ACAAGUUUCAGUCUGAUUUCAUUUUCAUUAAGUUGCGGGUCUUCCGAUGCUCCACACACAUGGUGUGGACGCUAACCAUGGUGGUCAACAUCGUGUUUAUUUGUGCUGUGAUUAUAAAUUUUGCGAAUUGUGAUGAUACACCUCCGCCAAUAUGGCAGACAUUAUCACUGUUCAACCCGGUUGAGAAUUUCAUCAGUGCGAACACACCAGCUGAAGAAUCCAGUGAUUUCGAAGAGUUUUAUGAUUUUAUCAUCAUAGGAGCCGGAAGUGGUGGAUCGGUCCUUGCGAAUCGCCUUACAGAGAAUACCAAUUGGACUGUGUUGCUGCUGGAAGCAGGUACCAAUGAAAACUUCAUCUCGGAUAUACCUUUAAUGGCGGCUUUCCAAGCCUCGACCCAAUAUAACUGGGGAUAUAAAAACGAACCUCAACCCGGGGCUUGUUUAGGGUCUAAGGACCAAAGGUGUAAUGCUAUCAGAGGUAAAGCAUUAGGAGGUACCUCAGUUGUAAACUUUUUGAUUUAUACACGUGGUAACCCAGGAGAUUACGAUAGUUGGGCCAACUUAGGCAACCCUGGAUGGUCUUAUAAUGAAAUACUUCCUUAUUUUAUCAAAUCAGAAGACUGUUCGGGUUGUAAGAACAUAGAUACAGAUUAUCAUGGGUUUCAAGGUACCCUCAAGAUUGAAAACCCUAGAUUAAAGUCUCCUUUACUCAAAAAAUUCCUCAGAGCCGGGCAGGAGUUGGGUUAUGAUAUUACAGACCCCAAUGGUCAUCAACACAUAGGGUUCUCCGAAGCGCAAGCCACCAUGAACCGAGGGAGAAGGUGUAGUGCCGCCAAAGCCUUUCUAGGACCAGAAAUUCGUCAAAGACCCAAUCUACAGAUAUCAACAAGGACCAGGGUGGUUAAAAUCCUUUUCGAUGACCAAAAACGUACCACAGGAGUAGAAAUAAUCAAAAACCGACAGAAAUUCAUCAUAAAAACCAGAAGAGAGGUUAUAUUAUCAGCAGGUGCGUUUAACUCCCCACAAUUACUAAUGCUAUCAGGGAUAGGCCCUCGACCACACCUGAAAACCCUCGGAAUACCACCUAUUCAAGACCUCAAAGUAGGAUAUAACCUUCAGGACCACAUCUCUUUCUCCCACUUGUUAUUCUUGGUCAAUGAAAGUAUAACCGUCAGUGAUACACUUGUACAGAACCCUCGCCACGUCCUGAAUUACCUCCUCAAUGGAGAUGGACCUUAUUCCAUACCAGGUGGUGCCCUGGGUAUAGGCUUCCUCCAAAGUGGAUUCAACCACUUUGGGAGGGAUUAUCCUGAUCUAGAAUUGGUCCUGGGAGCAGGGGGAUUAAACGGGGAUACCAUGGGUACCCUCAGGAGGUUAUUAAGACUCCCUGAAGAAACCUAUAGAAAAGUCUAUUCUCCCGUGGUGAAUAUACCAGGAUUUUCAAUAGCUACGGUUAUGUUGAGACCCAAAAGCAUAGGUAGGGUUAUGUUGAAGGACAAGAACCCUUUACACUGGCCCGCAAUCCACGGCAACUAUUUCUACGAAAGUGAAGAUCUUGAUGUUCUCAUAGAAGGAAUAAAGAAGGCAAUAAAAUUGGUGAAUUCCGAAGCGUUCAAAGAUGUCGGCGCGAGGUUACACGAUAUACCGCUACCCGCCUGUCAGCACCUAGCGUUCGCUAGUGACAACUACUGGCGCUGCGCGCUACGCCACCUAGCGACUAGCCUCGGACAUCCAGUAGGAACCUGUAAAAUGGGCCCGGAUACAGAUCCCGAUGCUGUGGUGGAUUUUAGAUUACGUGUCAAAGGAGUGACAGGAUUACGCGUUGUAGACGCGUCAAUUAUGCCGCAUAUCGUCGCAGGACACACAAAUAGUGUUGUAAUGAUGAUUGGUGAAAAAGCAGCUGAUUUAAUCAAAGAAGAUUGGACUUACUACUGAUAAAUAUGUGAUAGUAAAUGUAUAUUAUUAUUUUAAUGAUUAAAAUUAGGUUAUGUAUGUUUGGUUGCAUACAAUGAGAAAAUAAAGUCUUUAUCGUGAUUACUUUUAA